UUCCUAUUACAUGCCCACAAUGCACCGUUCCGGAAGUUCACUUUCACUUUCACUCGUGAUCGCACUGCCGGAGACAUUCCUGUAUUCAGAACGUGUCUUCUCAAGAAACCUUACAUUUCUCUGCUUUCUCCUUACUGUAAAAACAUCAAGAAACAUGCCGAUAUUGAUGUGGUGGUUCCCAGCGGUCGUGGAGGAGAGGGAGACGUCUACCACAACUACAACGUUCCCAGAUGGCACCACGCAGAGCACCACACAGACCGUACGCAGUCGGGUGCCCCUCACUGUGGAUAAGGAGUUUGUUAAGUCUGUGCCGGGGGUGCUGAAAAUAGUGCAGAUGUUCCUGUGCUUCCUGGCUUUCCUGCUAUCGAAGAUCGGCUGGUGUUUCAUGACCUGCGGUGCUUACAACUUCUUUGGGUUCGUGACGAUGACGUCUCUCCUGUACGAGCUGUGGACGUUCCUCUGGUACCUGACACAUGGAUACAUGAUGAUCAGCAGAGUCUGCUGGGAGAAAGUGGUAAGGCCUAGCAAAAAUAAUGUUUCUGAUUAUGGUCCUGAGAAAAUUAGGGUACAGUAG